ACGGUGUAGUGUUGGGAGCUGCAGAGGACGAACACAUGGACCUGCCUCCUCAAGAAGACAUCAAGUGUUCGCUGUGUGUCCUCAGUGUCUGUGAGCUGUGAAGGACCGCUGUCUGACAGGAUGGAGGAGCUCUUCCGUCAACACUCUGCACCAGCUGCUCGACGGUUUGUUUGGACUCUGGAAGUUCUGCGCGUCUUUUGACAACAGCCACAACCACACAGUCGGAGGAAUGAUAGACUGGUUGAACGCAGUGACAAACCUCCGUGUGGUUUUAUGAACUAGUUUUGAAACAGCGGCUGCUCAGGAGAUGUGUUCGGUUUCCACGUGGAUUCACCGUCAGCAUCGACGCCUCUGAUUUUUCUGCACAAACCGCGAAGCUGUCAGUGGACUGUGGUAGGAGAAAAGACUGUACACUAUGCGAACCCGAUUUCCAAGUGUUGCUGUUCCCCCCAAACAUGUGCAAAACGCUUCCGCGCGCACACACCGUCCCGCCGACCAACACUAACCGCUGCUGUGGCUCUGAAUCCGGCUGAAACAUGUUUAUCUUGUGGAUCCCGGUGAGUUUAUUCCUCAGCUUCAUCGUUUCUCAGACGUGGAGCAUUCAGAUGUCAUGGGAAAACUGGAACGCCGAGCUGCGCAACCGAGGAAAUGAAUUUGAUAAGCCCAGCUCUCAACCGCACAUCAUUUUUAUCCUGGUGGAUGAUCAAGGCUUCCGGGACGUUGGGUACCACGGCUCAGAGAUCAAAACCCCGACACUGGACCGGCUGGCGGCGCAGGGAGUCAAGCUGGAGAAUUAUUACGUGCAGCCGCUCUGCAGCCCCUCCAGGAGCCAGCUCAUGACCGGCAGGUAUCAGAUCCACACAGGCCUUCAGCACUCCAUCAUCCGAGCUACCCAGCCCAACUGCCUACCCCUGGAAAAUGUCACCCUGCCCCAGAAGCUCAAGCAAGCAGGAUACUCCACCCACAUGGUGGGCAAGUGGCACCUGGGCUUCUACAAGCGUGGUUGUCUGCCCACCCAGCGUGGCUUUGACACUUUCUUUGGCUCUCUGCUAGGAAGCGGGGACUACUACAGUCACUAUAAAUGUGAAGGACCCGGUAUGUGUGGUUAUGAUCUAUAUGAAGGGGAGGAGGCAGCUUGGGAACAGGACCGCGGCUUGUACUCCACUGUGAUGUUUACUAGAAAGGCAGUCAACAUCUUAGCAAAUCACAACCCUCACAGACCUUUGUUUCUCUACUUAGCCUAUCAGGCAGUUCAUUCCCCGCUGCAGGUUCCUGCCCGCUACCUCGAGCGCUACAAGGGCAUUCCAAACUUGCAUAGACGUAAAUAUGCUGCCAUGGUGUCCUGCCUGGACGAAGCCAUCCACAACCUCACGUUAGCGCUAAAACGCUACGGUUAUUAUGACAACACAGUUAUAGUGUACUCCUCUGAUAAUGGGGGCCAGCCGUUAGCUGGUGGAAGCAACUGGCCCCUUAGAGGGAGUAAGGCCACCUAUUGGGAGGGAGGCAUCAGGGCAGUGGGCUUCGUUCACAGUCCCUUGUUGGUGAACAAAGGGACAAAAUGUCGAUCUUUGGUACACAUCACUGACUGGUUCCCCACACUGGUGACACUGGGUGAAGGGACUUUAGACGAAGAUCUAAAUCUGGAUGGGUACGAUGUCUGGGAGGCUAUCAGUGAAGGCCGUCCGUCACCUCGACAGGACAUUCUUCAUAACAUUGACCCAAUCUACAUCAAAGCCAAGAAUGGUUCAUGGAAGGCUGGGUAUGGUUUAUGGAACACAGCCAUCCAAGCUGCACUCCGGGUGGGCCACUGGAAGCUCCUGACAGGUGUUCCUGGCUACAGCGACUGGGUGCCCCCACAGACCUUCUCCAACCAGCGGCUAACCAAUCGCUGGCAUAAUGAGCGCAUCCGUUGGGACCGGGGCAAAUCCAUCUGGCUUUUCAACAUCACAGCCGACCCUUAUGAGAGAGUGGACUUGUCUCAGCGCUACCCACACAUAGUGAAGAAGAUGCUAAUGCGGCUGGCGCAGUACAACAAGACUGCAGUGCCGGUACGCUACCCGUCCAAAGACAUGCGUUCUAACCCUCAGUACAACGGGGGCGUGUGGGGACCCUGGUACAAAGAUGAGCGGGAGAUGCAGGAGGAGGAUGAGAGAUACAAUAAUUUGUUCAAUAACCAUCUUGGAAAAAGAAGGUGGAAAAAGAAAUCAAAGAACAGAAAGCUGAAAAGGAAGGUAGAAUAGUUUACCCCAUUUGUGAAAGACUUCAGUUGCCUUUUCUCAGGGAUUGACACUUCCUGCUUCAGGAU